CUGGACCUCGAGCGGCGUGCGGAAGCGGCUUUCCCCUCUCCCCUCCCCCGUCAGCACGCGUGCGUCAGGCCGGGCGAUAUCGCGGGUGAAGAGGAGGACGCGGUAUUCUAGCCCCCUCCGAUGCGCUCCGGACACUGCCCGAAUAGCUUCGGGAGAGCGGGGAGGGCAGAUGCGCGACGCAGGAGUUAAAUUGGGGGAGGGGCAGGAGUUCUUUAGUUGAUGGCGCGCUUGCACGUUUGCAUCUUUUUUGUGGAAGGGAUCAGUCACGAGAAGGAAAUAUACAUGUCCUCUAAAACAGGAGGUGCCUUGCACCUUAGUAUUCCAGACCCUUUACAAAUUUGAAAAUCUUGAGAGUCACCAUAUAGGUCAAACCUCGGUACACAAACCAAGGACCAAAGCCCCAGACUCAGGGAUGCUGAGUGUGGUCCGUUAACCGUUAUCACCAAGGCAACCAAGCGUCUCGAGCCUACCAACCGCCUAUUUCCGUCAACUACUUCUGCGCACACGCGAACCGCCCUCCCGCCCUCCCCGAAGUUUCCUGAGAACGCGUUUCACACGAGAUGUGACCUGCGGGAUGCUCCGUAGUCAGGGAUGUAGCAGAGCGGAAGGUACAGAAGGACUUUGGAUUGCGAUUGGUUCGCAAGUCGUGUUCCCGGAAUUCAGUCAGCGCCGCGCGAAGGCUGAAGGGAGCGGGGCGGUGGGACCUUGUGUCGAGCCGCCAGCAGCACCCGGGACUUGGAGUGCCGGUAUGCCUCGGUAUGCGCAGCUGGUCAUGGGCCCGGCAGGCAGCGGGAAGAGCACCUACUGUGCCACCAUGGUCCAGCACUGUGAAGCCCUCAAUCGAUCUGUCCAAGUUGUGAACCUAGAUCCUGCAGCAGAACACUUCAACUACUCUGUGAUGGCUGACCAGCUUUCUCCGCUUCAGGUGGCCCAGCAAAGUGCCUCCAACUUCAGGUUCACAUCCCUUUCUGGUCCAGACAUUCGAGAGCUGAUCGAGGUGGAUGAUGUCAUGGAGGAUGACUGUCUGCGGUUUGGUCCCAAUGGAGGAUUGGUAUUUUGCAUGGAAUACUUUGCCAAUAAUUUUGACUGGCUAGAGAACUGUCUUGGCCACGUAGAGGAUGACUAUAUCCUUUUUGACUGUCCAGGUCAGAUUGAGCUGUAUACGCACCUGCCUGUGAUGAAACAACUAGUCCAGCAACUGGAACAGUGGGAGUUCCGAGUCUGUGGAGUUUUUCUCGUUGACUCUCAGUUCAUGGUGGAGUCAUUCAAGUUCAUCUCUGGCAUCUUGGCAGCCCUGAGUGCCAUGAUCUCUCUAGAAAUUCCACAAGUUAACAUCAUGACAAAAAUGGAUCUGCUGAGCAAGAAAGCUAAAAAGGAAAUUGAAAAGUUUCUAGAUCCAGACAUGUAUUCUUUAUUAGAUGAUUCUGCAAGUGACUUAAGAAGCAAAAAGUUCAAAAAAUUGACUAAAGCUAUAUGUGGACUGAUUGAUGACUACAGCAUGGUUCGAUUUUUACCUUAUGAUCAGUCAGAUGAAGAAAGCAUGAACAUUGUGUUACAGCAUAUUGAUUUUGCCAUUCAGUAUGGAGAAGACUUAGAAUUCAAAGAACCAAAGGAACAUGAAGAUGAGUCUUCUUCUAUGUUUGAUGAAUAUUUUCAAGGACACCAGAAUGAAUGAAGAAUUUUUAAAACAGUAACCAUAUAUGUGAAGCACUGUGGCUGAACCAGCAAGACAUUGUUCUCUUCAAAGGAUGCAGUACUAGAAAGCUACUUAUUUUAAUGAAAAAAGUAAUACUUGGCUCUUUAGCAGCAGCAUGCCUGAAUCAAGUUCUAGUUAUUCUUCAAUGGCUGGUGUUUCUGGUGGAAUCUUUUAGUAUC